AUGACUAUGAAGAGUCACCUGAGAUCUCUGUUGAUCAGGGCUAAAGUGGAAGGUGUGACUAUCAACAAAGUGUUGGUAGAUUGUGGCGCUACUAUUAACAUCAUGCAACACCAUAUUUUGAAGAAAAUUGGCAAGUAUGAUACUGAUGUUAGAUCCAACAACAUAGUCUUAUCUGACUACGGGGGAAAAACAAAAAGCACCAUGGGUGUUAUCAUGGUGAACGUCACUGUCGGCUCAAUCACUAGGCCAACAUUGUUCACGGUAAUAGAUGCCAAGCCAAGUUACAAUUUGCUAGUCGGCAGAGAAUGGCUCCAUGGUGUCAGAGUUGUACCAUCUUCAGCACAUUAG